AUGGCGGAGGAGGACGGCAGCCAGCAGCUGUACUGGGACGACGAGACCCAGCGGUAUUACAAGUUCGAUGCCGAGAAGGAAGACUACUACACAGACGAUGAGACGCGGGCGGCCGACGAAGCCGCGGCGCAGGAGGCCGCGGAAGCCGCAGGGGGCGGUGUCUCCGAGCCCGCUGACGCGGCGGUAUCUCGCGCUUCUUCGCGGCAGCCGAGCCGCGCGCCGUCGCGGCAGGCCAGCACGUUGCAGGGUUUGCAGGAGCGACGUGCGUCUUUCCAAAAGCUGCCUUCUUCGGCGGUGCCUCAUUCGCCCUCGCUCACAGGCCCCUCGGAGAACGCGGCACCUGCGGACGCUCCACAGCUGAAUCUGUUUCGCUCAGGCUCUGGCGCAGCGGUGGAGAAGACGCCGAAUGCGCGAGAGGCCAGCGCGGGCGGCGAACCCGACAAGCCCGCGGAAGCUCAAGGUGCCUCGCUGCCGUCGCCUACGCUCGGCGCGAGCGCCAACGGGCGCCUGGGGACUGCAACGCUCUCCCCGCUUCUGACUAGAGGACUUGGUUCUUCACGCAGUGGCUUCAUGUCGCCCGAGAUCCGCCUCGACGGCGAGCCCUCUCUCGCCGGGCGCCGAGGCGGCGGCGUCGCCGCGGCCGCCACCGAUGCCGUCGCGGCUGCGCACGAGCUCGAGAUGAAAAAAAAGGAGAUUCAGGGACUGCAAGACCAGCUCAGCACUGCUGAGAAGAGAAUCGCCGACCUCACUGUGCGCCUGAUGCAGGCCGAACAAGGCAUGACCGACGACGAGCGCGUCGCAACUCUCACUCGCGAACGCGACCAACUGUCUCUCCAGCUGAAGCAACAGGAGGAUGAUAUCGCGACGCUCGAGGAGGGCCUCGAGGCGGCAGCUGUGGAGAAGGAGACGGCCUUGCUGCAAGCUGAGCGAAAUAAGGAGCUCGCCGCCGACAUCAAGCUUCAGUAUGAGAACCUCCUCAUUGACAAAGAGCUGGAAAUCGCGAAUCUUCGCGAAGAAUUCGCGCGCCAGCAGGUCGAGUUGCGUGACUCACAGCGGCAGCAUCUGGACAUGCAGCAGCUCCGCGAGCGAAUCCUGCACUAUGACAAGACGUUCGUGCAGCUGAAGCAACUGCUUCUCGAGGUCUGCACGCAGAAGAACGCCAAGGAAGAGGAAGCGAACGCGCUUCUCGAGUUUAAGAAUCAAGCCAACGAACGCAUCGAUGAACUCGAGGUGGAAGCUGCAGAGGACGCGCAGCUGCUCCAGACGUACGAGGAUCAGCACAAGACGCAGAUGGGCAUCAUCGACUCGCAGCAGCAGAUUUUGGAGAGACUGGUGGCGCAGCUCCACGAAACGAACACUGCGAGGCUCACUUUCCAGCAAGCCUUCGAUCGCCUCUCGCACGUCUUCAAAGAAAAAGAAGCAAAGAACCGCGCAGCGAUGGAGGAGCUGCAGACGGAGAAUCGCCACCUGCGUGCCAAGACUGAACAGCUUCAGUCGCUCACGGCGCCGCGGUGGCAGCGCGUCUACACGCUCAAGAACCAGGCGGGCGCGAGGCUGCGGGGGAUGUGCGGCGCGGCUGCGGCGAAGCUUGCGCCGUCUGGGGUGGAGGCGCUGGGAGACGGGAGCGAGGCGCGCGAAGGUGGCGAUCCGGAGGAGGGAGAGACGGCCGAGGGUGACGCUGGAGACGCGCCGCUUCCGCCCGCCGCGGCGGAGGACGUGGAAGCGGCGCAAGUUCAGGUGGCGUCGCUGAGUCUGCAGAGUGCGCAGAAAACCGUCCUACUCGGCUGCCGAGACGAAAAGCUGCGCCUGCUGCGGCUCGCGCUCCCCGAAGAGUACGCGGGACAAAUUGAACGCAGCACGGAAGGCGUCCUCUCGCUGCACGCCGGAGCCUACAACUGCUUCCUCUAUCUUAACCACAUUCACGCCGUAUACAUACAGCCCCUCUUCGCGGACGCCACGGCGAACCCCAGGAGCAUCGUGAAGGAGCAGGGCUUCAUUCGCUGGUUAGUGUCGAGUGUGUUGAGCGUCUCGCGGCUCGGGCGCGCCCUCUCGCUUUUCCUGUAUCACCUGCGGACCUGGCGCCCAGAGGCCGCGGCCGCGUCGCCUUCUCCGCUGGAGCAGCUGGGCGCCCCAAACGGCAGCGCGUAUCCGCUGGUGGUGUCGGCGCUGCGGCAGACGACGAAGCUCCUGGAGAGCGCGAGCGCGUGCACUCUCUCUGCGUCCUUCUCGCUGGACGUCGUGGACGAUCUGUGCCAGAGUCUCGCGGCGCUGCUUCCGAGCUCCCUCGCGCCGCUGGUUUUCGAGAGACACUCCGCGACACAAACGACUCCCGAGGCCGCAGGCGACGGCGCUCAGGGCGCCAACGGCGCGGCAGUCGAGGACGCGGCCGGGGGGGAGGUGAAGAAGGCGAUUUUAUCGCUGCUGCCCUGGGUGUUCACGGCGCUGCACACGAUGCGCGCGCUGGCGUUUCUCGGGGUCGUCGCGAGCUGCGCAGUCGAGGCGGCGGACGCGGGAAGCCGACAGGGCGUCGAGGCGGCGAACUUGAAUGCGGCGCUCGACGCGCGGCAGCGGUGGGCGCAGUUGGUCGCCGUCGCCUCUUCGGCGCUCGGGGCGCUUCCGCCGCCGCUCCCCGCGGCGCUGGAGGGCGUCGACGGCGUGCUGCUCGACCCACACGCAGAGCAAACGCGCGGCGGCGCUGCGAACACCAUCGACCUUCUCGUCGCGAGGCGCGAGAGACAGGAGAAGAACGCCAGCAACCACGAGCAGGAAGGCAGCGCGAGCUUCGGCGCGUGGAUGCUCAUGACCCUGCACAUCGAGGAACGGCGAGCCGCAGAAAGCCCGGAAGGGGAGCAGCCGGACAAAAGCCAACAGGCCUCGCAGCCACUGCCAAGCCUCGAGGAAACCCUCGGCGCGGUUUACCGGGUGAAGGGGCUCCUCGCCGAGGCCGCAGAGCUUCAGAGCGCCAAGUUUAUUCCGGACAGAAGCUUCCAGACGCUGCUGGCGUUCGCAGCGGCGCUCGACCCUACGCAGGCGCGCGGGCCCCCGUCGCUGCGAACGCGUCUCGUCGGCGAUCGCGUCUGGCAGAAGGCUUCCGCGGGCGUCAGGGCGCGCGUGGCGGAGGCUGCGCAGGUGGAAAAGACGCUCGCAGAGCUCAGAGAGGAAGAUGCUGAUCUCAAGGCCCAACUCCAACAACAAGAGGCGACGCUCGCAGAGAAGCAAGAGCUGACUGAUAAGUGGGAACGCUUGUACAGCAGCGCCCGUCCGAAGGCAGAAAAGUAUGACCAGCUGGAGAACGAAUUCCAGCGAAUCUUGAAGGAGAAGAGCAGCUACGUUCACAUGCUGGACGCCGCCCGACGGAGAAUCGAACAGCACAGCACGGAGGCGCAUCAACUCCGCCACGACAAACGCGAGUUGAGCAUCCACCUCCAAGAGCUGAACAAGCGCCUGGAGGCGCUGAGAAAAGUGUCUCUUUCGGCAGCGACUGGCGGGGGAGACAGCGAGCAGAUUCAGAUGCUGCGGAAUAUCAUUCGGAAGCAGGAGCUCGAGUUGCUGGACGUUCGCCUCGCAGGCGCCGCCAAGCAGAUCGCGCGGCAAGAACUAGACGUGUUGGAGACUUUGCAGGAGCUGAGCCGAGGCGGCACCGACCGCAUCUCGCGCGCGUCUUCGUCGCUCUCGCAGGAUCUUCGCGCGGAGGAUUCGCUACCUGUCUCGUCCCAGGCAUCGCUCAAGUUCGGCGUGCACUUCAGUUCCUUCCAACAGCGCGCACUUGUGCACCAACAGACGCUGAAAAUGCAAAUCGAAGAAGUCGAGGCCGACGCGCUUGACAUCUCAGGCCCCGAGGCUGGCGUGCAAAUGCUCGACGAAUACAGGCGGCUGCAGAACGCGGUGCUGCUGCAUGCCUUUCAGAUUCCGAUUUGGAAUCCGAGCGCGCCGCCUGACGAGAACCGCGCCAAGCUAAGGAAAUACCGAAACGAACACGACGCGCUGCAGCUGCAGAUGCUGUCGCUUACUAAGCGCAUCGACCGACUCUUCGCCCGCCUGGCGGGUGGCGUCCACGGCGGCUUCGGGGAUCACGCGAACUUGAGCACAUCGCGCUACAUCCGGCAGUUCACGUCGCUGGCGAACGUCGUUUCCCCUGCGUCCUGCGCGGCGCCUGCGCUUCUCUCGCAGCUUUCGUCGUCGCCCCUCGCGUCGGCACCCGGCGAGGCGCGAGUCGCGAAGGGUGAAGAGAGCCUGGAGGGAUUGGAAGAGGCGAACGCGGCGCAGCGGGCGCGGGAGGCGAUCCAGUCGGUCGCGACGCUCGCAGUGCAGAAGACGCCCGUGAUGCGCGUCACGCUUCCCGGCGAACCGGAAUGGCUCAAGCAUGCUAGCGCCACCAAGUUGCUGCCGAAGGAAAACGCCGCGGAGAAAGGCAACAAGGGCGCCCCGUCGGCGUCCGCCGGCGCGCGCGCCGAGACCCACUUUGUGCAGAAACUCGUCGUGACUGAAGAACAGCUCGCGGAGCUCUAUCGGAAGAUAGCCGGUCUCUAA